GGGAGAAAAAACACCGCAGGGGUAAAGCGAGAGCUGGGGAGGAGGGGGAUUUAAGGAGAAGGAUGAAUUAAUCAAUAAAUGGAAGGGGGGAAGGGAAAGCGUGCCCAGGGACACCCCGAGUCGAGGCGGACAAAGGGAGGACGAUGCCGCCGCCACCGGCCCGGCUCGGUUCGGCUCCGCUGGGCGCGGAACGGCCGCCCCUUUGUUCGUCGCGGCAGCGAGGGGCGACCCGCGCCGCGCCAGCCCCACCGCCACCACCAGCGCAGCGGCGGCAGCGGAGGCAGCAGCAGCAGCAGCAGCAGCAGCAGCAGCAGCAGCAGCAGCAGCAGCAGCAGCCCCACCGCCCGCCCGCCCUCCCGGCCGGGAGGUGCCGGUACCUGUGUCCGCUGGCCGCGGUGCCUGCGCGCCGCUGCGCCCCUGCGGCGGUGCGGCGCGUCCGGCGGAGCGGUGCGGCGCGACUAGCAGCGCCGAGCAGGAGGAAACGAGUGCCCUUCUCACAGGAAAAGCAUCCCACGGCGCUGUCACCGCCGCUGCCCGUGCCUGCGCCCGCUGCCCUCCUCUGCUCCUUCGCGGCCACUUUUCUGCCCGGCCCCCGGGGGACUGGACUCUGGACCCGGUGCCGCUCUGCCAGGCUUUGGGGACAGGUUUGGUCCCGCACUCGUCUGCUGCGGGAGGAGGCAACACAGGAGCGUGGCCUGGCAGGUGCCUGGGAGGCUGGGAUAGCCCUGCUCUGCCCUGCCGCCUCCCUAAAGCGCGAUCCUCGGCACCGGGAAGUCCCGAUCGCGGCUGGAGAACAAAGUACGGCCGUGGCGAUCGGCGGGGAAAAUGAGCAGGGCAAGGUUUUGUUUUGUGUCGGGUUUCAUAGAAUCGAAAGCCGGUCCUCUUCCCCUGCAGGCGAACGGGAGAAACCUUGUUUUCAUUGUUUGGCUGCUAGAGGGAACAUGACGUUUCAUGGACUCAGGACCAAGAUAGGGCAUGGACAAAGAGGAAAUUUGGCAGGGAUUGGGAAGAUUUUACAUAUAAACAUUGAAAUUAGAAAAAAAGCAAAAUUCAUCCAGGCAUGAAGUCCAUCAGUAGGAGAGAAAUGGACAGCAUUGUCUGUAAAGGAUUGCAUAAGCAAGAAUGGAAAAAAGACAGUCUGAAUAAGUCCAUUGCAUCAGUGCUUUUCUAUACAUGAAUUUCCUACACAAAGUUAUAUGGGAUCAGUCUCUGGGUUUCCCCUAUAUAGCAGAGGAUCCUGAGCAUGAAAAAGGGAAGCAGAUUUUGUAAGGGAUUUACAUAUCAUGGAGUGACUCUGGAUUGCAGAUUUUAAGCAUUACUAAAUUGGGGAAUAAACUGUUGCUAUUGGUGUUACAUACCAGGAUAUCUCACUAAUCCACACAAUCCAAUAAGUUGCUGUAGUUUUAGUCUGUGUUUAUUUUAGAUGAAAUUAUGGCCUGGACAGUUAAUUUUUCUUAGUUUAUCCAUAUAAAUCAUAUAUAAAUAAGGUAUCAAACAGAAAUCAAAACAUGACCUGUGUUUGUGGUACACUCCCCAUCAUGUGAACCUGUCAGUGAUAGAGCCCCACACCCGGUUUACGAGUCAAACACAAAGGCAAUGAAAAACUACAGGUCUUCUUGAAAAGUAGCCAGUUGGCAUUAAAUUCUCUUGCUUUAAUGCUAUGGGUAGCCUAUUUUGCUUAUAUUUGAGAUGGCCUAGCCAUUAUGGGAUUGCCUGCACUGGUCCUUUCCUUACAUCAGGCUAAUUACAAAUUAACUCGAGGCACUUAGCAAGGCUGAGAGGCUGAAGCUGGUCCUUUCUGAACACCAGUUGAGUUUGGAAAUGCCUGUUGCUUUACAGGGGCUGAUUCCUAAAGUCAGGGGCAAACAGAGGAACCAAACAGCCUGGAACCAAAGUGGUCACACUGGCUUUUGAAGAAAGUGUCUCAAGUUGACUGACAGUCAGCUACCUGCAAAAUAAAAACCUCUCAUAAUCCAAUGGUUUUCACUGGGAUUUUCAAGAUCUCCUGAGCAUUUUAAAAUCCUUGAAAGGAAUGUAUUAUAGAAUGAAAAAUAUAAGUAUUAUUAAAGAAUGUCUCUGAACUGAAA